AUGGUCCGAGGAUUGUACGUAGUUUAUCAAAUAUUGAUCCUUGUCACACUGAUUUAUGGGGCAAAACACUAUGAUAGCUACAAAUUGUACGAGGCAAUUCCGGCAAAUUCGAUUCAAAAGUGGAUAUUGACGGACAUCGAGAAGUUAGGAUUCGAUGUGUGGAGUCGAUCCGCGGACAGCACCAAGAUUUUAGUAUCGCCAGACGCUGAGGAAAUAUUCAAGAGCGUAAUGGAUCACUCAGGAAUCCUGAUGAGAAUGCUUGAGAAGAACGUAGGAGAUGCAAUACGGUUGCAGAAAGUAGUUCAGAACACGCGACGAUUUGGCGGUCAAACAAACGACUUUAAUUUUGACCGAUUCCCACGGUACAACGAAAUAGUUAAUUUCACGCGCAAUUUAACAAAACACAGCAAAUACGCGGAGAUGAUUAGCAUAGGAAAGAGCUUCGAGGGAAAACCGAUUAUCGGCCUGAAACUCGAAGGAUCCAAGGACAAUCCUAAAAUAUUUAUCGACGCCGGCAUUCACGCUCGCGAAUGGGCGAGUCCGAUUACAGCGUUAUUUCUGAUGAAGAAAAUAGUCGAGCACGAGAAUACGUUGCGUCGGAAAGUCUCAAUUUACGUUAUCCCGUCAUUGAAUCCGGACGGAUACGAAUAUUCCCAUACCGAUGAUCGUCUUUGGCGGAAGACAAGAUCGAAGACUAACGCCACUGAAUGCGUCGGGGCUGACGCAAAUCGCAAUUUUAAUUCGCACUGGGCUGAAUUCGGAGCCGAUCGAGAUCCCUGCUCGGAAACGUUUCCAGGAUUCGGACCGUUCACGGAGCCGGAAUCGCGAGCUCUGCGCGAUGCUCUCCUUAGAAUCAAGCCGGAUAUGUAUCUUACCCUUCACAGUUACGGUCCGCUUCUUCUUUAUCCUUGGGGUUUCACAGAAUCCUUACCGAGUAAUUGGCAAGAAUUGGACAGAUUAGCGAAAGCCGCGGCAAACAAGUUGAAGCAGGUGAACGGGCAGGAUUACGAAAUCGGCUCAUCAACACGUGUUCUAUAUAAGGCGUCGGGAGGAAGCGACGACUGGGCGAUGCAAGUGGCGAACGUGCCGCUGGUUUACACAAUGGAAUUACCGGAUUACGGGCAAGGUUUUAUAAUGCCGGUGGAGAAGAUAAAACCGAUGAUCAGAGAAACUUACGAAGCCUUCAAGGUAUUUGUGAGAUACGUCUGCGCCAUUCGCAAUAACAAUUGUCGUAAUAUAUUGUAAUUCUCUCUCUGCACACACA